AAAAAAAUAAAAAUUUCCAGCCUAUUGUUUGUUUGCUACUGUUAGAUGAGAAAAGUGUAGAUCCUGAACUAAUAGAAAUCUGAUAUCAGAGUGAAAAGAAGAUACCGAAAUAAUGGACGUCCCCUCCAGCAGUAACACUAGUUGCUCUGAUUUUGCUUUAUAUGACUAUCUGCAAUCGCAUCACAUCUCCUCCAGCACUAGUGCUAGUUGCUUUGAUCUUGCUUUAGAUUUUCUAGCCAAGUUUCCAGAGUAUUCGGUUUUCCCCAACUGCUUGGACCUCCUGGACCUGGAGCAUAAGGUAAUAUUAUUGAAAACCUUUUUUCUGUAUGUCAAAAUGUGUAGGAGGAGGAGGAACCAUGAAGCGCUUUUGGAGCAUGAUCAGGAGCACAAGGAUAAUACUGUCUGAAAGUUUGAGACGUAGUAGUAUUUGCUUCAGAAUUCAAGAUGUGGUUAUCAGGAUGGUUCAUGAUCUUCAGUCUGCUGAUCUUCUAUACAAACAUUCUACUGAGUCAGAUCGUGACAUCAAAGCAAGUGCGGUGACCAGAUCCCAGGAAAAUAUCAUAGUUUUUCUUGAGACAGAUGUCAAGAAAUCAUGCAGAAUCAUCUUCUUCGACUGUUACUCACGGGCAGAUCCACGACUAGUUAUGGAUCUUAUUGUGUCCCUUUCACAGACUCUGAAGUCCUGUUACCCUUUAGUUGGGAAGCCAAUGGAUACCGUUAGACACAAGCUAAUGCUCUUAAGGAAUCUCAUUCGUUUUGUGACAAUGCGAGGUGUUGAGUGUGUGCAACUGACAGAUCUCUUCAGUCAAGUUGCAGCUGUGGCUGCACGCCUAUUUUCUGUAUGUCAGUUUGACAGACAUUAUAUCCUAGUAGUCAAACAAAUGAGAUCCGAAAUUUCUCAGCUGAUACUUAAGAAGAUAAAUCUUCUUGAUCCUCAAGUCCGAGAAACUUGCAUACAUGUCCUGACAGCUUCAAAGAAACAAUCAAGAUCAUCACGUGCUUUAGCCCUUGAGGAGAAUGGGUGUCCAGUUGUAGUUCAAUUUGUUGAGUCUCUCCACCAUUAUCUUAUGGAUCUACCGGGAUAUCAUGCCAGUUUUCGGGUUCCAGUUAAGGAUCAUAUUCUAAAACUCCAUCAGGGAAUAAGAUACUUGAGUACCCUUAUCAAACAGGAGGAGAAACUUGAUAAUGAAAUAAAGGAUCUUCUUGGACUUGCAGUCUGUGAUGCAGGAAUUCUGAUCUUCUCCCUUUCUGUAAAUGAAAUCCAAGAAGGCUUGCCCAGGGAAACAUAUCUUAGGCUGUUUCAUUUGCACAAAGUUCUCAAGUAUAUGAUGGCAGAGCUUGCACACAAUUAUCCGGUAAUAUCACCAUAUUCAUCAUUUAAUUAUUGUAGAUCCAAUGAGUUGGGAUAUAUGGAUUUUUUCCUAGAAGAUCUCCAGGAACUAGCAAGGUUUGAUAAGGCUGAUGAGUCAAAUGUUUUCUUAUUGGAUAGAAUCCAAAUGGUCCACAAAGGUCUUGUAGUCUUGAGAUCUGUCCUUGAGAAUAUAAAGGAGCAGCGCUUUCAGAAUGAAAAACUCCAAGCUUUCUGGAGUUAUGUUAUGGAGGUUGCUUACAAGGCAGAGUUAUUGAUUAACUCGACACUUGUUGGUGAUGAAUGUGAAGAUUCUUUGGGAGCAAUAACUAGAGAUAUCAAUCUUCUGAAGAUUGAAGCCCUAGAGAUCCACAAUGGUCAAACCCAGAGAGUUAACCGGACCUUCAUUCACAUACCAUCACAGCUUACUGCAGCCAUACACAAUGAAGAUCUAGUGGGUCUCGAUGACGUGGUGGAAACUAUCAUUGAUCGACUUACGAGAGGAUUAAAGCACUUGGAUGUUGUUUCCAUUGUGGGUAUGCCUGGGCUUGGUAAGACCACAUUAGCCAAUAAAGUUUAUACUGCUUCUUCAGUUAGGUCACAUUUCCAUGUUCGUGGCUGGUGUUGUGUUUCUCAAACAUAUAGCAAAUACAGUUUGUUUGCUCAGCUUUUGUGUAGUAUUCAUUCUGAGAGUUCUGACAAGUAUCUUAAGAUGGAUGAAAAUGAUUUGGUUGAGAAGCUAAGGCAAGUUUUACUAAGAACUAGGUAUCUCCUCGUUUUGGAUGACUUGUGGGACGUUGGGGCAUGGAAUUUGUUGGAAAACUCACUGCCGAAUGAUGUCAAUGGAAGCAGGAUUCUUUUCACCAGCAGAUCCCGGGAUUUGUCUUUGCAAUUUAAACCUGGUAGCAAGCCUUACCAUCUCCGCCAAUUUACCGACGAGGAGAGUUGGGCAUUGCUACAGAAAAAGCUAUUUGACAAAGAAGGUUGUCCUCCAGAACUAACUGGAGUUGGAUAUCAAAUAGCAAAAAUUUGUAGGGGUUUACCCCUCACAGUUGUCCUUGUUGCUGGAAUUCUUGCUACUAUUGCACAAGAUAGCUGGGAAGAAUUUGCAAAAAGUCUAAGUUCUAUUGUCCUUCAGGAUGAAUACUGCAUGAAGACGCUUGAAUUGAGUUAUAGUCAUUUACCAGAUUAUUUGAAGCCAUGCCUUCUAUACCUUGCUGCAUUUCAAGAGGAUCAAGUUAUUAAUGUUCGAAGGUUGUUAUGGCUUUGGAUCUCUGAAGGAUUCGUGCAACAGAUUGAAGGAGAGAGUUUAGAGGAAGCAGCUUACAACUAUUUGAUGGGUCUAAUUAAUAGAAGUUUAGUUAUGGUUACCCAAAAAGGAGCUAUGAAUGGCGCCAAAACCUGCCGACUUCAUGAUUUGGUACACGAGUUUUGUGUGAAAAAAGCCGAAGAAGAAAGUUUUCUACAUAUUAUUCAUAGUUGGAAAGACCCGUUUGGUCUUACUGGACAAAGCAACCCCCAUCGAGUUUGUGUUCAUAAUACCGGGGAAUUGAAGGUUUGGGAGUCGAUACUAAUUUUUCCCAAUUUACGCUGUUUGCUCUUGUUUGGAAAUGAUUAUUUUGAACCUCAAGAGGAGGAUUGGGGGAUUUUGUUACCUAAACUUCUUAGAGUGUUGGAUUUGGGGGGUUUGAUCAUUGGGAAAUCAUUUCCGAUGGAAGUAGUAUUGCUUGUUCACUUGAGAUACCUGGUGCUCAGUGGAAUACGAUCCAUCCCAUCUGCAAUAGACAACCUCUCAAGGUUGAAAACUCUUAUCGUACAAAAGCCGCAUUCUCAUGUUGAGCUGCCAAAUACUAUUUGGAACAUGAAGACGUUGCGUUAUCUACGUACUACAGAUGGGAUUCGAGGUUUCAUUUUUCUAGAUGGAAAUCUUGAAGUAUUCCCUGAUUUAGACCAUUUAGACACUUUAAGCCUUGUAAUUGAUCCCUCCCCUCAAUGCUUGCAAAAGAUGCUGAAAAAGUUACCAAGCAUCCGCAGGCUAAAAUGUUGGAGAUCAUGUGAUUCACAAGCAGCUACCAGAAAUUGCGACAAGAUUCUUGUUUUUGACUGUUUGAAUCAUCUACAAUCACUUCGUUUGACUUAUUUUUGUGGAUAUGGAUUUAAAUUCCCAUUGAAUUUGAAGAAGUUGACUCUCUCAGAUAAUUUUCAGCCAUGGAGUGAAAUUUCAACAAUUGGAAAGUUGCCUCAUCUUGAAGUGCUUAAAUUACUCGGGCGUUCCUUUGUUGGGGAAGAAUGGGUAAUGAAAGAAGGGGAGUUCCCUAACCUCCGAGUCUUGCUAUUGUCAUUGUUGGACAUUCGCAGCUGGAUCGCAUCUUCUGGUAAUUUUUCCCGUCUUGAGAAAUUGGUCGUGUACUGGUGUGGAGGGCUGGAAGAGGUCCCUUCUUGUUUAGGGGAAUGCCCGACUCUCGAAAUGGUUGAUGUGGUAGGUUGUAGUGAGUCUGUUGAAAAUUCUGUAAAGCAAAUUCGGCAAGAACAGCUGGAUAUGGGAAAUGGGGUUCUAAAGCUCGGGAUUAAUGGUUGUUUUGACUGAUCUUCCUCAGAAGAAGAGUCCAAUUCCCUCAGAAGCAGAGUCCUUUUCCAUUCUCGACAAUGGUGAAGCAUUCGUGUCCCAUUUUGAUUUGGGUGAGAGUGAAUAAUGUAAAGUGGGAUUCAACUCAUUAUGAGAGCAGAUUUCUUUGGAAGGCGAGCCUAUUUCUUCUCAUCACACUAGAAAAUGUGAAAACUGAGAGAGGUCCCUUCUUGUUUAGGGGAAUAUUGUGAGUCUGUUGUAGCAAAUCUACAACAGCAAAUGGGAGCAGAGUUGAGUUUCCCAGAAGAAGAGUCAAUUCGCUCGGAAGCAGAGUCCUAUGCCUCAGUUCUGUGUAUAUGUUGAAUCAGUUUUAUGUUUCACGUAACUUUUUUCAAUGAUGAAGCAUUCAUGUCUCUUGUUGAUCAGCAUGUGUUUCUUGAAGCAGUAUCAGGGCCUUUUCAACUCUUUUGUUUGUGAUUGCAGCUAUAUAAAUUUGUGAUUUGUGAUUGCAGCAGCAAGAACAGUCCUGGAUUAAACAAACCAAUAAUAUUAUUUAUCUGUAAUCUGUUUCUAUGAUGUUCUUCAGGUUCUUUUCUCGUUCGAGGUUCGAAAUGUUUGUA